CGUGUCUCAACCAACCUUAGUUUACUCUCACUGUGGGUGAUGGGCAAUUCUGGAUUCUGUCACUGAAACUAACAGCAAGUGUGUAUCCAGUUCCAGGAUGUGGCUGCUGGUUGCUGUACUUUGUGUGACACAGGGGGUCCUUGCCCACUCAGAGAAUGUGGAAAGGUCAAUUAGAAGCGCAGCAAGCUUUAAUUAUAAAGCAGAUCCUGAGUCAUCAAUGAAUAUUAGUGAAAUAAUAACAUAUUGGGGGUAUCCAAAUGAAGAGUAUGAAGUUCUUACUGCAGACAACUAUAUCCUGACUAUCAACAGAAUACCAUGUGGGAUCAAAUGUGCAUCUACAGGUCCUAAGCCUGUGGUGUAUUUGCAGCAUGGCUUGCUUGCUGAUGGUAGCAAUUGGGUUACCAAUCUUGCAAACAAUAGCCUGGGAUUCAUCCUGGCCGAUGCUGGCUAUGAUGUUUGGAUGGGAAACAGUCGCGGGAACACUUGGUCUAGGAAACACAAGACUCUGUCUCCCGCGAAGGACGAAUUUUGGGCUUUUAGUUACGAUGAAAUGGCCAAGCAAGAUCUCCCAGCAGUAAUCAACUUUAUUCUAAAGAAAACAGGCCAAGAACAAAUCUACUAUGUUGGGCAUUCGCAAGGAACUACAAUAGCUUUUAUAGCUUUCUCGAGCAUGCCUGAACUAGCCAAAAAAAUAAAAAUGUUUUUUGGUUUGGCACCUGUGGCUACCAUCAAGUUUUCCAACAGUCCCCUUGCGAAGAUAGGUUAUUUCCCAGAAUUCAUUGUCAAGGAUCUGUUUGGCAAGAAGGAAUUUCUUCCACAAACAUAUUUGAUCCGAUGGCUUGCCACCCACUUUUGUACGCAUGAAGUAACUGAAGAGUUGUGUGGCAAUAUUUUUUUCGUUCUUUGCGGCUUUAACGAGAAGAACCUUAAUAUGACUCGAGUAAAUGUAUAUUCUUCACAUUGCCCUGCUGGGACAUCUGUGCAGAACAUGAUCCAUUGGGGUCAGGCUGUCAAAUCUGGAGAAUUGAAGGGUUUUGAUUGGGGCUACAGGGGAAAUAUGGCUCACUAUAACCAGAGCACUCCCCCUAUGUACAAUGUGAGAAAUAUGAAGGUCCCAACUGCCCUGUGGACUGGAGGCAAUGACUGGCUAGCAGACCGCAAGGAUAUUGCCAUGUUGCUUACACAAGUCAGUAAUUUGGUUUAUCACAAGGAGAUUCCAGAAUGGGAACAUCUAGAUUUCAUCUGGGGACUAGAUGCACCUUAUCGCAUGUACAACGAAAUCAUCGAUUUGAUGAAAAAAUAUCCGUGAAUAUUUCUACAGUCAGGUGCUAGAACACUCCUCUAGUAUCGGCAUUUGAAACUGGAAAUCUUAACCAAUGACGGUCUUCCAACUAUUGCAGACUUAACUCAGGUGCUUUUGCUAAAUGUUGAUUUUAAAGGUAUGGCUACAGAAUGAAUGAGUAUGUCCAGGGCCAAUCAGAAAGUAAUGUUUGACCCUAUGUUGCUAGAGGAUCACAUUGUCAAGCCAUACUUAUACCAAGUGCGCUGCUGCUACAUAUAUUAUAGGUGACCAAUAGUAAUCUGCAGUAACCGAGCAAAAGGCAUAUAUCAAAAUUUUUCACUCAGGACUCCAUGCCCUACGUUACUGUACUUUUAACGGUGUACUAUAAUGCAAACAGUAUUUAAUUUUCAAGGAGCCGAAUAUCACUGAACCAAAAUGCCAUUACUCCUUUCUGACGCUACGGAGCCAGAACCACUAUUGCAUCACUCUAGCUAAGAGUAUUUUGUGUCUUGAUAAAACAUAUUUUGAGAUUUUUCUUCCCAUGAAUAUAAUUUUGAUUUGAUGUAGGAAUAUUUUGUUUUGUAUUAACUUUGCAAUUGAUGUGAUGCUUGCAACGGACUAUCAGUCAUCUCAUUGAUAGUCUAAGAUCCAAUUAUUUUCUAGUAGUCGGCAGGACAGGUGAUCUGCCAAAUGAUACUGAUAAACUACUGGAUCAACUGAUAAUCCAUCUGAAAGCAUGAAUCAUCUGCAAGAUUAGGUACUGCUCGUAUUCCAAACCAAAUCUUCUAUUUCUUCCUCAAAGCAUAGCUGCUGCAAGUGAAAGAAUGGUUUGCGCAGUGUGAAUGUUCUCAGGCAGUUCAGGUGUUCAAGUCGAAAUAUAAAAAGCUAUUUCUGCCGUUUUUAUUAUUUUUUUUAAUUUAGAUCAUUACUGGACCCCUAUUUGCCUUAUAGAAGGAAUUGUGAUAUGGUUGUUUGAGACUGGAUUAUAUGGAGCCACAUAAAGAAUAGCAUACACUGGCCUGGCCAGAGACCAUC